AUGGCGGACGACAGAGGAGAGAGUGACCCCCUAGAGGCAUUGACUUCAAAAAUUGAUUUCAAGAUGAAUUUACUCAACGAUGUCAUGGCUGAGCACAGAGAGGUAAAACAAGUAAUCAGUGGGGUCAUGAAAGAAAAGGAGAGUCUCCAACAAGAGAAGGAGAGGCUCCAACAAGAGAAGGAGAGGCUCCUGCAUGACAGCAUGAGCAUCUUGGUCAGUUCUGUAUGCUUGUUGAAAUCAAUUUCAAGGAAUAAAAAUGGAGAGGCUUUAGCAAGAAUGAAGGCGGACCUUUUAUCAUCCAAGAAAACAUUGGCGGAAGCAAGGGAUGCACUUGUGUCAUCAUCAGAGGUGAUUUCUCAAAAGGACAAAUACGUGGAGUUUCUAAAGAAAAAGCUUCAAGAGAGUGAAGCCAAGAAUAAUCAAGCUGAGCAACAGGGUGGUACUAAGCCUAUUGAACCAGGAGAGGUGCAAACAAGGUCAAUGCAGAAGAGGAAAAGGCCAUCUGAAGGACCUUUGGACUAUGAUACUGGCACAAAUGAACCUACAAGCCAAUUGGAUGACCGAUCGCUGUCUCCUUUGGAAUCGCUGGGAAAUCCUAAUGUGCAGACAAGACCAAUUAAGAUGAAGAGAAGGCUAUCUCAAAGAACUCUGGGUAAUGAUGCUGACAAUCUUGAGGCAAUAAAAGAGGGCCCCAGGCAAGAGGUGGCCAACAACCCAACUGUUGGGCAAACCUCAGGUGUUCAGUUGUGCGAUGAAGAUGACCUAGAGGCAAUCAUAGAGGAGCUGAUCAAGGAAAUUGUGAAUUUGGAUGAUGAUAAACUGCAAGAGCUGAAAAGGGUAUGGGGACAGGAUGCCCACAAUGCUGUCGUUACUGCACUGGUGGAAAUGAAAGAAUAUGACCACCUGAGCGACAGAAGCAUUGCCUAUGAGCUAUGGAACUACAAGGAGGGGAGGAAGGCCACUAUGAGGGAGUGUGUUGAAUACCUGUUCAAUCAGGUGAAGCUACUUUCGGCGUCCAAGCGCAGGAAUACUCUCAGGAGGAUAUAUUUAUGA